CACACUUGUUCGUCCAUUGACGAUGGCCCUGUAGCUGGACUAAUUAAUCGCCCGAUUUUGUACAUAUUAUCAGGCCGUUGCUCUCCCUACCCAUUCCGUCCCAAUCCCAAUGUGCGGCCAAUACAGGUAGCUUCAGCCACCAUUCCGCCCUCCGCUUCAGCCCGGAAACGUCCCUCCUCCUCUGCCCCAGCAACGAGAUCAAUCUGGCCGCUUGCCCACGCUCCGGCGGCAGCAGCAGCGAUAGGAGACCAACGCGCAGCAACCGCCUUGCCUGCGGCCCUGACAGGUACCUCGACAGGAGGGGGGAGUACACCAACCGAACCAACUACCGCCCACGAGCAGUACGAACUCGCCGACUACCCACAGAUCCCGGCGCGCCAGGAGCUCCACGAGAAAGAGGCCAGGCGAGCGACAAGGUACACCGCGAAGCUCGCUGAGCUCGACGAGGCUUUCGAGAUGAAAUUCGCCCAUUCCAUCCAGUUCAAUGCUGUGCCGGACUGGACCAGCCACUACAUCGCGUACAGCAACCUCAAGAAACUCAUCUACCAGCUCGAGAAGACUAUUCACCAGUCUAGCGCACAGAAUGGGGAUGCCGAGUCGAGACCUCUGAUACAGUCCGAGGACCCGGAUGCCGUGUUCAAGCGCGCUCUGGACGUCGAGCUCGAGAAGAUCAGCUCCUUCUACCAGCUCAAGGAGGGGGAGCUGGUCGACGACGUGAACGCCCUCCUGCGUGAUAUCGGCGACUUCGAGUCGGAGGAGGACGAGGAGGACAAUGGCCGGCCCACGACACGGAGCACCGGCGGACCGAGCCGGCAGAUGGACCGAUCCCGCCAGGGACGUCGCGAGAGCGCGCACAGCCAGCAUUCCACCGAGGACGGCGCCGAGGACAGUGACGACGACGAGGAUGGCGACGAGACCACCGCCCUCACCGCGCCCACAUCCCGGAAACGCCGUGUGAGCCUGCUCAGUGGGCGGCGGAAGUCUCUGGCCGGGCCUGCGACGGACAUGACCGCGUCCACGGAACUGACCCGAUCAAGGCGCCUGAGCCUCGGUUACGACGACUAUGAGCACGCCGUUGCGUAUUCGGGCGGGAUCAUGCUGAAGAAGCGCAUCAUCUCCCUCUACGUGCAGCUGUGUGAGCUCAAGAGCUACGUCCAGCUGAACAAGACGGGCUUCAGGAAGGUUCUCAAGAAGUUUGACAAGAUCCUCGACCGCAACUACAGGCCUGUCUACAUGGACAAGUACGUCGAGCCGGCAUACCCUUUCCAGCAUGCCACGAUGAGGGGGCUCGAGGAGACCAUCUCCAAGAUGGAGAAGGCCUACACCGACAUCGUGACGAAUGGCGACUAUGAGGCCGCAAAGAAGGACUUGAGAUCACACCUCAGGGAGCAUGUCGUGUGGGAGCGCAACACUGUGUGGAGGGACCUCAUCGGCAUAGAGAGGCGGGCUGAGGCGGCCAGCCUAGGCCAGACCCUGCUGGGCACCGGCGGCAAGCCGCUCAAAACACGACUUCAGGGAGACGAUGAGCAGUACCCAGAUACCAAGGAGAUCUCGACGCCCAUCGGCAGGUUCACGUGUCCCGUAUGGCUGUUCAGCUCGGGCAUGUUCUUCCUGCUAUCUGCCCUGGUCGUGUUCCUCGUCUUGCUGUUUCUCCCGAUCAUGUCGAAACCUGAGCAGCAGAAUUGCCUCGCUAUGUUGGUGUUUGUCAGCUUGCUAUGGGCCACAGAGGCGAUCCCUCUUUUUGUCACGUCUCUGAUGAUACCUUUCCUUUGCGUCGUCCUCAACGUCGUCGUAUCAGAGGGACGACCGAAACAAAGACUUGACUCCAAAGAGGCGACAGCUUACAUUUUUGCUGCGAUGUGGACUCCGGUUAUCAUGUUGCUGCUUGGCGGCUUCACGCUUGCUGCAGCCCUUUCGAAAUGCAAGAUCGACAAGCGCAUUGCGACGUUCGUCCUUAGCAAGGCGGGCACAAAGCCGAGCACGGUUAUCCUCGCGAAUAUGCUUGUCGCUGCGUUCGCCAGCAUGCUGGUCAGCAAUGUUGCGGCUCCUGUCCUGUGCAUCUCCAUCAUCGAGCCCAUGCUACGAAAUCUACCCUCGGACUCCAACAUGUGCAAAGCCGUACUGAUGGGCAUCGCGCUUGCGUCCAACAUUGGCGGCAUGCUCAGCCCCAUCGCAUCCCCACAGAACGUCGUUGCCAUGGGAAUCAUGGUGCCUGAGCCUGGCUGGGGCCAGUGGUUCUUCAUCGUGAUACCCGUCGGAAUCAUCUCCAUCGUGCUCAUCUGGAUCCUGCUGCUAGUCACGUUCCAUCCCGGCCGGGGAACCACCAUCGUGCCCAUUCGUGAACACAAGGAGAAAUUCACAGGCGUCCAGUGGUUUGUGACCAUCGUCACGAUCGCCACCAUAGCAUUGUGGUGUGCGAGUCACCAGCUCGAAGGCGUGUUUGGCGACAUGGGUGUCAUCGCCAUCAUCCCCAUUGUCUUAUUCUUUGGUGUCGGAAUCCUGACAAAGGAGGACUUCAACAACUUCCCUUGGACCAUCAUCAUCCUCGCCGCCGGUGGUCUGUCAUUGGGCAAAGCUGUCAAGUCGUCCGGCUUGCUCGACACGGUGGCGGUGGCUAUCUCUCACCGAGUCGACGGCAUGAGCCUCUACGGUGUGCUGGUCGUGUUCUCGUGUCUCAUCCUGGUCAUCGCCACCUUUAUCUCACACACCGUCGCGGCGCUGAUUAUCCUGCCCCUGGUGUAUGACGUGGGCGCGAGCAUGGAGGAGCCGCACCCGAACCUGCUGGUUAUGGCUGGCGUGCUCAUGUGUUCUGCGGCGAUGGCGCUGCCAACAAGCGGGUUCCCCAACAUGACUGCCAUUAUGAAAGAGGACGCCACAGGCCAGAGGUAUCUCCAGGUCAAGCACUUUAUCAGCAGGGGUGUGCCGAGUAGUUUGAUCACGCUCGUGGUUGUGGUGACGCUGGGCUACGGUGCAAUGAGAGUCAGUGGGAUGUGAGAUCGCCUGUUCUGUUUGGGUGGCCUUGUGCGGCAUCUCUCCGUGCUGCUGAGAUUGCAUAGCAUCGGCACGGCGCAUGGACUUUGAAUUUGAGAAUUGGAUCAUUGUUUGCAUUUAUCAACAGCGACGUAGCAUUUGGGGUUGGGUUAGUGCUGUGCAAGUAUAGAGUGUGAACAUAAGAAUAUUCAUGAAUGUGGUUCCAGAUAUCGUAUUGUCUAGAGGAUGAUGUUGGGGAACAUGAGGAGACAUCCAUCAUUCU